CUUCUUAAACAUAUACGAUCUUCGCUGCAACUCCUCUGACAGCUAGCAAGUGAGCGACUCCCCUGCGCUCUAAACAAAGCUGGGCGGAGAAGACAGGACAGGGAAGGGGAGAGCUUUAACCCUGGUCUCCCCAGCCGACCCCUGAGUAAACUAGCCAGCCAUGGAUGACCGCUCCUCACUUGGAAAAGUCAGCAGCUCCACCGAGUCCGUCGCCACCGUCACCAGUGAGGAGUUUGUUCUGGUGCAGACUAGUGCUGCAGGGUCACCGCAAGGCUCUGAGGGGAAACCACGACUCAAGAUGUCUUGGAAUGGGAGUGAGCAGCUGGAGAAAGCUAUGGAGGAGGUGUUGGAUGAUGACGAUGAGGUGAAGGUGGAGAAGAGCAAUACGGAAAAGAUGGAGAAGAACACGGACCCAGAGAGCCGAGUCCUGGAGCCCCAAUCUGCAGAAAUAGAAACAUGUCCUGCACCAUCCAGCCCCACAGUGCUGGAGGAGGACAGUGUCCAGUUCAACAAGCUGUCCUACCUUGGCUGCACCUGGGUCAAAGCCCCUCGCAACGAGGCGGAGGCACAGAGGGCCAUGGUCACCCUACGUGCUGAAAGCGCCAUCCCCAUCCCCAUCACCCUGCACGUCCCCUGUGGACCAAACGGCUCCGUCAGGAUUGUGGAUCAGGCCUCUGGUACAGAGAUAGCAUCAUUUCCUAUCUACAAGGUGUUGUUCUGUGCUCGUGGAAAUGAGGGUUCGGUGGAAAGUGACUGUUUCUCCUUCACUGAGAGUUACCGGAGCUCUGAGGACUUCCAGAUUCACGUCUUCUCCUGCCACAUCAAAGAGGCUGUCAGUCGUAUCCUGUACAGUUUCUCCACAGCGUUUCGCCGUUCUUCACGUCCAGCAGACAUCAGGGAUACGGCGCUGUCCGGUCCGCCUGAUGGCGACCUCUACACCUUCACUGUCUCGUUGGAAAUAAAAGAGGAUGAUGGCAAAGGCAACUACAGUCCAGUGCCCAAGGACAGAGAUAAAUUCUACUUCAAGCUACGACAGAGCGUUCAGAAGAAGGUCGUGGUUUCAGUUCAGCAAAUGUGCAACAAGGAGCUGGGUAUCGAGAGGUGUUUUGGGAUGCUGCUGAGUCCUGGACAGAAAGUCUGCAACAGCGACAUGCAUCUACUAGACAUGGAGUCGAUGGGGAAGAGCUCUGAUGGGAAGGCCUAUGUGAUCACUGGAACAUGGAACCCCAACAUGGCGGCCUUCCAGCUGCUGAAUGAAGACACACCUAAAGAUAAGCAGGUGUACAUGACGGUGGCGGUGGACCUGGUUGUCACCGAGGUGGUGGAGCCAGUUCGCUUUCUGCUGGAGACUCUGGUCAGGGUAUAUCCAUCAAAUGAACGUUUCUGGUACUUCAGCCGCAAGACCUUCAGUGAGACCUUCUACCUCAAACUCAGACAGCAGGCACCAGAGAGGGUGGGUCAGAGCGAUGCUGUGUAUGAGGUGGUGAGUCUUCAGAGGGAGGCAGAGAGAAGCAAUGAAGGACGACUGGCCUCGCCCACUGAGGAAGAGGAGGCUGAUGAAGAUAGCGACAGUGAAAUCUCCAGUGGGACAGGAGACGUUUCCAAAGACUGUCCUGAGAAAAUCUUGGAGUCCUGGGGAGGAAUCCUCACCAGAUGGCAUGGGAACCUGUCCACUCGACCGAAGGGUUUGCCCUCGUUGGUUCGCAGCGGCAUUCCCGAGCCACUCAGAGCUGAAGUCUGGCAGCUGCUGGCUGGUUGCCACGACAACCACGACCUGCUUGAGCACUACCGCAUCCUCAUCACCAAGGACUCGGCUCAAGAAGGUGUCAUCACCCGGGACAUUCACCGCACCUUCCCUGCACAUGACUACUUCAAGGAUACUGACGGAGAUGGACAGGAUUCAUUGUACAAGAUCUGCAAGGCCUACUCUGUCUAUGAUGAAGAAAUUGGUUAUUGCCAGGGUCAGUCGUUCCUCGCUGCUGUUCUCCUGCUUCAUAUGCCAGAGGAACAGGCUUUCUGUGUGUUGGUAAAAAUCAUGUAUGACUACGGCCUCAGAGCUCUCUACAAAAACAACUUUGAGGAUCUUCACUGCAAGUUCUACCAGCUGGAGAGGCUGAUGCAGGAUCUGCUUCCAGACCUGUGGUCCCACUUCCAGAAGCUGAACCUGGAGGCACACAUGUACGCCUCCCAGUGGUUCCUCACCCUCUUCACUGCCAAGUUCCCCCUGUGCAUGGUUUUCCACAUCACUGACCUGCUGCUCUGUGAGGGUCUGAGCAUCAUCUUCAAUGUAGCACUGGCCCUGCUCAAGACGUCUAAAGAGGACCUCUUGCAGGCGGACUUUGAAGGGGCUCUCAAGUUCUUCAGAGUCCAGCUUCCAAAACGCUACAGAGCUGCGGAAAACGCCCGCAGGCUUAUGGAGCAGGCCUGCAACAUCAAGGUUCCAACGAAAAAGCUGAAGAAGUUUGAGAAAGAAUAUCAGACACUGAGAGAGAGUCAACUGCAGCAAGAAGACCCCAUCGACCGAUUCCAGAGGGAGAACCGUCGUCUUCAGGAGGCCAGUAUGAGACUGGAACAGGAGAAUGACGACUUGGCCCAUGAACUGGUCACCAGCAAGAUUGCCCUUCGGAACGACCUUGACCAGGCGGAAGACAAGGCCGAUGUUUUGAACAAAGAGCUGCUUAGCACCAAGCAACGUUUGGUGGAGACGGAGGAGGAGAAGAGACGGCAGGAGGAGGAGACAGCUCAGCUGAAGGAAGUGUUCAGGAGGGAGCUGGAAAAAGCAGAGCUGGAGAUCAAGAAAACCACAGCGAUCAUAACUGAAUACAAACAGAUCUGCUCCCAGCUGAGCACCAGGCUGGAAAAACAGCAGGCGGCAACAAAAGAAGAGCUGGACAUUGUCAGGAGUAAGGUAAUGGGCUGUGACCACUGUAGGGACCUGUUCACAACCCUGGGGUCCCUUCAGGCUUCGUCCCCUGGCAGAGACAAGACGUCCACCGAGCCGUUGGACGAGGAGAAGGAUGGACUGAAGGAGCAGCUGAGGCACCUGGAGCUGGAGCUGGCACAGACCAAACUGCAGCUGGUGGAGGCCAAGUGUCGCAUCCAGGAGCUGGAGCACCAGCGGGGAGUACUGAUGAAUGAGAUCCAGGCGGCCAAGAACUCGUGGUUCAGCAAGACUCUGGGCUCCCUGAAGAGCUCCAGCUCCUCUUCCUCCAGCUCCACAUCCCAGACCCCCUCUUCUCCAAAGGAGGGCCCUGCCUAGAGGACCCCUCCCUCCAUCUCUCAUUCCCCUGCAGGAUGCACAUUAGAGCUGAGGAACACAAGUUGAAGAAACAAGCAGCAGAGAAAUGCAGUAUUCCUUUUCCAGCCGCUGGCAUGGCGGAGCUCACAAGCUUCUUGGACUGCAUAUAGCAAAAGACAUGAGGAGGAAACAGGCGGAAGACUGGACCUUCCACCUGUCUUCCACUAGGUGUUUAUGUUUGAGUGAACUAAAAAAAUGUCUGUUUGCCCUCUCUGCUUCACUUGUAAUGUGACAGGAGACAGUGAAUUACAAGUGAGGCUUUCGACCACUGAACUCAAAGUUCAGUGUUGUUUUUUUAAUUUCAUUUUAAGUUCAGUCGUUGCAGACACUGUUUUGUUGAGAUUUAAUUAGUGGAAAACUGAAUUAACAUACGCAAUUGCUUCCAUCAUGCAGGUGAAUGAUUAAGCUCCACCUUGUGACCAGAUAAUGCUACUGCAGAGUUAUAGUCAUUUAAUCUGAAUGAUAUUAUGUUUUAGGUAGCAACAUUCAGUCUCACAAUUUGGACAAUAUUUCAAUGGUAGAGCUCCAGAUGCAGAGAUAUUAUAAGUUUGCCGCAUAUAAAUAUAGUGAUCUAUAUUAACUAUCUUUAUCGCAGAAAAGCCACAGAUCUCUGAAAAAGGAAUACUGCAUUCAGUCUUAAGACAAGAUCGACACAAAAAGUUGUAUUUCUUUAUAGUAAUAUAACGUAAACAAUGUUGUCAUAUAAAUAUGUAUAACUAAUUAUU